AUGAAGCACACCAUCUCCCUUCUCGCCCUUAUCGGGCUGGCCCACGGCCACGGCUUCGUCACGAGCCCCAAGCCCCGGAUGCCUGGCACUGCCAUGCAGGCCGCCUGCGGCCAGCAGGUCGUGACCAACCAGAAGUCCGACAACUACGGCAACGUGCAGGGCGAGCUUCAGGUCACCAGCGGACAGGACGACUUCAGCGCCGAGGAUUGCAACAUCUUCCUCUGCAAGGGCUACAAGUUUGAGGACAACAAGGACAACGUCUACUCGUACAGCGCGGGACAGAAGAUCGACUUCAAGGUCGAUAUCCGCGCGCCCCACACUGGAGUGGCCAACGUCUCCGUCGUCGACACAGCCUCCAACUCCGUCAUCGGCGAGGCCCUCAAGUCGUGGGAGAAGUACGCUUCCACGGAGACCGGCGUGGCCGACAGCGACGAGGAGUUCAGCGUCACCCUCCCCGAUAACCUGAGCCAGUGCUCCGAGGCGGGCGCCUGCGUGCUGCAGUGGUACUGGUUCGCCGAGUCGAUCGACCAGACCUACGAGUCGUGUGUUGACUUCACGGUCGACGGAGCGGGUUCUGGCACCGGCCCCUCCGACCCCAGCCCGACCACCAGCAGCGUUCCCACGACGACUGCUGCCCCAACUCAAUCCGCGCCGCCGCCGCCUCCCAUCCCAACCACACUCUCUACCAUCAGCAAGCCCGCGCCUACUGGACUCCCGCAGAUUAACCCCGGUAUGCCCGCGGAUGCAACUGCCGAGGAGAAGUUGGAGUGGGUCGGCGGUGUGCUCAAGUCGCUGCUCGGAUACUUCCGGUAA